GAACAAUCGGUCUUCGUUCGUACUCCAAUGCUAUAACGCAAUCGUCUCCCAAAAACACCUUCAUCGCAUCGGGCCUCUGCUAUGCGCUGCCGUUCGUUGCACCCAUCCACCCAUUGACAUCACGCUUGAACAAUGACAUCGCAAGCCGCAGCCGUGGAGCGCAAUAUCCGGGAUGCGGAGAAGCAUGAUGAUGCUGAAGAACGGCAAAGAGGUUUGAGAGCAUGGCCCAGCACACGCGACGACGAGAUCGAAGAGGCAGUCGAAGUCCCUGAACGGCAACAGCAAGAGCAAGAGAAGGCAUCUACACCAGCUCUGGCAAGAGUGUUCUCGCGAACAUCGGCAGCCUCGUUCGACCCCGGUCCAGCACCAGAUGGAGGCUUGACGGCGUGGGUCCAAGUCUUCUGCACCCAUCUUACAAUUUUCACCACAUUUGGCUUUUUCACGUCUUUUGGUGUCUACCAGACGUACUAUGAGAACACGCUCAGAAUUGCGCCCUCAACGAUCUCCUGGAUUGGCUCCAUCCAGGUGUUUUUCCUCUUUGGCAUUGGGGCCUUCUCGGGCCGUGCGACCGAUGCUGGACUCUUUCGACCGGUGUACAUUGCGGGGACCGUCUUCCAACUCGUUGGUGUCUUCACCAUGGCUGAGUCUACAAAGCUCUGGCAGCUAUUCCUCUCUCAGGGAGUCUGUCUAGGGAUAGCCAAUGGACUGCAAUUCUGCCCUGCCAUGGCGCUUGUUUCGACCUACUUCGUCAAGAGGCGUGCUUUUGCGCUAGGCUUUACUGCUUUAGGAUCCUGUACCGGAGGUAUUGUUUUUCCAAUCGUUGUGCAGCAAUGCCUGCCGAAGCUCGGAUUUCCGUGGACUAUCCGAAUCAUCGGAUUCAUUAUGCUGGCUCUCAAUGUCAUCACUAUCUCGCUGUUUCGAACACGACUGCCUCCACGGAGGACUGGACCGAUCGUUGACUGGGCCUCUUUUAGAGAAGCGCCGUAUUCGCUUUACUGUGCAGGCAUGUUCUUCAACUUCUGGGGCUUAUACUUCGCCUUCUUCUACGUGGGAUCUUUUGGCCGUAACAUUCUAGGCCUUCCCUACCAGGAAUCCAUCAAUCUGCUGCUUGUCCAGAUCUGCAUGGGCUUCAUCUUUCGACUGCUGCCCACCUACUACGCGGACAAAGUCGGCAGUCUCAACACACUUAUCCCGUUCGCAUUCAUCUGCGGGAUCAUGAUGUACGGCUGGAUCGGGGUACAUUCUGUCAGAAGCUUGUACGCCUUCGCUGUCAUCUAUGGAUCUGCCAGCGCUGUAAUUCAAGCUCUUUGGCCUGCGGUCAUUGGUUCGCUGAGCCGGACUCCGGACAUGAAGAAGACCGGUAUCAGGAUGGGUAUGGCUUUCACGAUUGUAUCGUUUUCCAGCUUCACAGGACCGCCAUUGGCAGGCGCACUUAUACAGCGGCAUGACGGUAAUUACACGUAUGCCAACAUCUGGGCUGGGACUUCUUUCUUCAUAGGUGGUGCGUUGCUUGUCAUGACUCGCUUUGCGCUUGUAGGAUGUGAUUGGAGGGCCAGAGUUUAGAUAUCUGUAAAGGCGGCCGAUGUCAUUUCAGAUUAUGUCAAUCGCUUACUAGACUCAUAUCGAUAAACUCUCGCGGUGAAGGAGCCUUCUAAUUUGGGCUUACAUUCGCACCUUUAACAUCAGGGCCCAAGUCAAAGAAAGUCAAGUCGUCUGCACCGUCCUGGUACAAGGAAUAGUACAGUGAGUAUCUGUAGUCUCCAGAGGAGAUCCUUGGUGCUCGUUUCUCUCUGUUGAGCCCAAAGCAUUAGUGUCUGGCGCUGCCGUCCGGUCGGUCUGUGGUGGGAAAGCUAG